AUGCCUAAAGGCGACGCCGAUAUGUCGCUGAAGCAAGGCAGCGGCACCGGCAAGGUCCACUUCGGUGGUUUGGACGAUGUGUCCCUGUACGGCACGCCCGUGGAGCCUGCGCCCCCGGCCCCCGACGCCAAGCAAGGGUUUCUUCGCAAUCAGUUACAAGCACUCUUCCAGCCCACCGACAACAAACUCGCCAUGAAACUCUUCGGCUCGAAAAAAGCUCUAAUGAAAGAGCGCAUAAGGCAGAAGGCGGCGGGCCACUGGGUCAUACAUCCAUGCAGUAGUUUCAGAUUGUUUCACCGUUAUAAAGACAACAUAGUUUUCCUUCCUAUAAAAAGUCACAUUUCCCAAGCAUUAACGCAAGCAAUAAAAGUUAGAAUUGCAUCAAUGUACGCUGCAUUUCCAGCGUCAGAGUCG